UCCAGUUAUAAGAUUUAGUUUAUAUAAAAAAUGAUACAUAUGCGUGUGUGUAUGUGCACAAAGCAAAUGCACAUACAUAUAUAAGUAUAGUGCACAUGUAUAUUCACAUAUAUAUCGCUUUACAUGUACUUUGAGUUCCAGACUUGUGAUGCUACACCAAAGACACGUUCGAUGAUGUCUUCCUGCUAACAUAUGUUUACACCUGUUUUAAAUUUUGCACGUAUCUUUUUGGUAAUGGAUGGUGAUGCUCUUCCUUUUGCAUUGAUCCACAGUCAUGUCACUGUCAUUUGGCCAUAUCUUGAUGAGUCGUAAUACAUAUGGUAGAUAUAUCAGUCAUCACAACAGCAGGGAGAGUCAUAGCUAUAAUCAUAACCAGAGAGAAUUAAGCUAGUAAUCAAAGUGGCUUCAUGAUCGUAACUUCAGUCGUUAUCAGAAUCCUAAUAGUAAAUGAAACCGUCUUUGCAAAAACAGUUCUCGUGGUUGUGACGGGCGCAACCAAGGGAGGCAUGGGUCCGCCCUCCGACCUGCUAUGUAGGCAGGGGAACGGUCCCUUGCUCGAAUUAAGAGGACUAUGGAUGAUCAUGACCACAAUGAAUGACGUUCGAGAGCAUAAAGUGGAAUCCAUGGUCAUGGCAGCAACGAAACCCUUGUUCAUGACACUACUGGACAACAUGGCAAUAAAGACCAUCGCCGUGAUCAGGGCCAUCAUUACAACUAUGGGCACGAGGAGGAAGCACAUGGCAGCAACGAGAGACAAGUUCAUGGCACUAUAGGACAUUAUGGCAAUCAAGACCAACUAUGCGCACGAGGGGAGGCCCAUGGUUACAGAAGCAACAAAACCCAUGUUCAUGACACUAUGCGAUCAUGACGGUCAUGAUCACCGAAUUAAUGUUGACAUGACAAUGUGAUUUAUUUCUUGCAAGAAGGUUUAAUAGUGGGAAAUCCUA